AUGCUCACGGUCAUUAUUACUCUCUCUGUGUGUUUGGGAAAUGUUUUUGCCCAAGAUCGAUUCAACGGCACACAGUACAGCCCUGAAAGAUUGACCUGCGCAACUGCAGAAUGGUUUGAUCAUGUCUCCCACGAUCCCGAUUCCGUCGGUGUCCUCAGACCGGAGAGUGAUGUUUGGUAUUGUCGCUACAACUGCAAUGCCGAUAGUUACAAUCUCGCUAACUGGCAAACUUCAUCUGGAUUAUGCUAUUGCUCCUUAGAGCAGGAAAUUCCAGCUAAUCAAGUUGGAAACGCAACAACUAACAUCGAUGGGUGUUGGUCAGGAACGCUAGCUAGGCUCGAUGAUCUUCAAGCAGAUUAUGAUUCGGAAUGGUGUACCAAUGAUUUACUUGGUCAAACACCGUACUUAACCUUCUCAGCUCCCACGAUCUUGGGCUGCAUAGGAGGAUGUGGUUAUCCACCGCGACCAACCGAUUUCCCUGGCACGUACAUCUACACAGCUGCAACGCCCCGAUAUGACGAUGCAAUGCAAGAAUACAACUAUCUCUGUCAGUGCUUUGACCAUAGAAUCGAGACUUACAAUGAUGCUGUUGGCUGUGGGUUCGGUAAAGUCCAUUGGUUCCAGCGGGUUCGAUACUAUGUGGAAGAGUGA